AUGUCCUUCAGUCAUUCUGGAGAUAGCUGCAUGUUUCUAAACAUCAGAUUAAAGGAAGAUCAGAACGCAAGCCUUCAAUUCUGUUCAAAUAUUUCAUUUUAUAACUAUGAGUAUGGAGAGGUUUUAAGCACGAUGAUUACUCAGAAUUGCACAUAUACAUUCAGGGCACUUAAUAAUAGCAAGACAGUUUUUAUGUCCUGGAUGGGAGAAGUACCAAGUAAAAGCAAUCCCAGUCUUUUCUACAUUGUAAACACUGAAAUUGGAGCUUGCAUCUACCCAGUUGGUAUAUCAGGCGGUCCUUGCAAGCAUCAGGGAGUGGUUGCUAUAAAUUUUCAUAUUGCUACGCUUAAUUUUAUACCAUCAUUAACACCUAACGAUUGA